UCCCGUCGCCGCCCGGUCCCGCCCCAGGCCCCGCGCCCCUUCCGCCUCCGCCCCCUGCGCCCGGCGGAGCAGGGCGGUCGCCAUGGCGAGCCGCGGCCGGGUUUUGAAGCUUUUUAAAUUGCUACACAGAACCCGGCAAGAAGUUUUUAAAAAUGAUACCAGAGCCCUUGAAGCUGCAAGACAAAAGAUAAAUGAAGAAUUUAAAAAUAACCAAAAUGAGACAUCUGAAGAGAAAAUAAACGAGCUUCUGAAAAUAGCUUCAGAUGUUGAAGUGAUCCUCAGAACUUCUGUUAUUCAGGCAGUUCACACAGAUUCCGACAAAAUACUGCUCAUACCCAGGAAGGAUCUGCUGCAAGACAAUACUCCUUACCUUGAUAAACCAACAAAAAAGCAUGAAUCCUGAGGAGAGUAUGCCCUUCUCCCCAGUAGGAUAAUAUCUGGUAAUGAGACCUGUGAAAAACAGCAGUAGAUACCUGUCUUAACUGUUCUUCAAAUUUUAAUUUUUAUUAUUAUUGCCAAGAACAUGGACUAAAACCAAACUGUUUUUAAGUUUUACUGUUUGUUAUGAUAUCAUCGUGGACAUCUUUUGUGGAAGAUACUAAUAUUUCCACAGAAGUUCGAGACACAGUUCCCUUAAAAAAAAAAAAGUGCGUAACUAUAUAUAUAUGUGUGUAUAUAUAUAUGUAUGUACUGCUAAAUUGUGUUACUUCAGCCAGGAAGUUUUUAAUUAUGGUAAUUAUCAGACGGAGAUUGUUUCCUAGCAAUCCAGAGUUUUUGGAAACUAAAUGCAAGUGAAAUGCAGUUCUUAAUCCUGAUAAUAUUUAUAAGCUUAUCAUCAAUCAUAUACUGCUUUGAACUAGUGAAAAAACAUCUUAUGGAGCUUAACGUUAAGUUUAUGCUUUGACCCAAAAGCAUGAUUUCUGAAGUUGUUUUUAACUGUACACUAAAAUACUGUAAUGUUUGAGACUUCUUAAGGUUGAAUAAAUUAUUCUGGUGUUGCAGAUG